AACGAAAAAAGACAAUAUUAUGGACGAAUGAAAUUCGACCGGAAUAUAGCUAAAUCCUCAAAUUUUCUUUUCAAUUUUUCAUCAACUUUUGCUAUUCCGAAGUAUUUUGAUUCGCGCGAACAAUGGCCGCAUUGUUUAUCAAUUCGUCGUAUAAGUGAUCAAUCAUCAUGUGCAGCUGGAGCGAUUUCUGAUCGAAUUUGCAUUGCCUCACAAGGUCGCUUACAAGUUUCAAUUUCCGCUUUGGAUUUAUUGAGUUGUUGCAAAGAUUGUGGCAGAGGAUGCGCGGGAGGCUUCCCGAUUCGUGCUUGGAUGCAUUGGGUUUACCAUGGAGUAGUCACAGGAGGCGAUUUUAAUGAAAAAUUUGGAUGUCAGCCGUAUCCAUUUCCACCGUGCGCCCAUCAAAAAGAUCAUACUAAUCAACUACCGCGUUGUUCAAAAAUGCUUUACGCGACACCUCAGUGCAUGCAGAAAUGCAAUAAUAAUUAUUAUAGUAAAGGCUAUAUACAAGAUAAAUACUAUGGUAACGAUUUCAACAACGUUAGAGCGAUCCAGGAAGAAAUAAUGAGGAACGGUCCAGUAGAAGCUGUAUUUAAUGCUUUUUCCGAUUUCGAAGCGUACCAUAGUGGGAUUUAUAGGCAUGUCUUUGGCAAUUAUCUUGGCGGUCAUGCAGUGAAAAUCAUCGGAUGGGGAGAGGAAAAUUCCGUACCGUAUUGGCUAGCAGCAAACUCAUGGAACUCCGAUUGGGGAGAAAAUGGAUAUUUUCGAAUUUUACGGGGUGUUAAUGAAUGCGGUAUUGAAACCGAAAUUAUCGCUGGCCUAUCAAAAUUUUAA